AUGACAAGUGCUCAAUUUGAAUGUCAAUACUGCACGGUAUCCCUUCUUGGGAAGAAGUAUGUACUCAAGGAUGAUAAUCUAUACUGUGUCUCCUGCUAUGAUCGGAUCUUUUCUAACUAUUGUGAACACUGCAAAGAACCAAUUGAAUCAGACUCUAAGGAUCUUUGUUACAAAAACCGUCACUGGCAUGAAGGAUGUUUCAAGUGCAACAAAUGCCGACACUCUUUGGUGGAAAAGCCUUUUGUUGCCAAGGAUGAGCUCCUGCUAUGCACUGACUGCUAUUCCAAUGAGUGUUCCUCCAAGUGCUUCCACUGCAAGAGAACCAUCAUGCCAGGUUCUCGAAAAAUGGAAUUUAAGGGCAACUACUGGCACGAAACCUGCUUUGUGUGUGAGCACUGCCGACAGCCGAUAGGAACCAAGCCUCUGAUCUCAAAAGAGAGUGGCAAUUAUUGUGUGCCAUGUUUCGAGAAGGAGUUUGCUCACUACUGCAACUUCUGUAAGAAGGUGAUAACUUCUGGUGGGAUCACCUUCCGUGACCAGAUAUGGCAUAAAGAGUGUUUUCUGUGUAGCGGCUGCAGGAAAGAGCUUUGUGAGGAGGCAUUUAUGUCCAGGGAUGACUUCCCAUUCUGCUUGGAUUGCUACAACCAUCUUUAUGCCAAAAAGUGUGCAGCCUGCACCAAGCCCAUCACUGAGGUUUGCAAGGAAAACAGACUCCCAACACAAGGUGGUACAGAGUUCAGAACACCAAACGUGGCACAGAGAAGCUUUGUGAGGAUGUCUGAAUUGCAAGGGGCCCACACUUAUUGCCUGAUGCUGAUGCUUUUGCAGGUGAUAACUUCUGGUGGGAUCACCUUCCGUGACCAGAUAUGGCAUAAAGAGUGUUUUCUGUGUAGCGGCUGCAGGAAAGAGCUUUGUGAGGAGGCAUUUAUGUCCAGGGAUGACUUCCCAUUCUGCUUGGAUUGCUACAACCAUCUUUAUGCCAAAAAGUGUGCAGCCUGCACCAAGCCCAUCACUG